AAAGGUUUGCUUUUCUUUAUCUUUUCCACAGCAAGUGAAGACGUUAAAGAUAUCUUUGCCAGAGCCAGAAAUGGAAAGUACAGACUUCUGAAAAUAUCUAUUGAAAAUGAGCAACUUGUGAUUGGAUCAUGUAGUCAGCCUUCAGGUUCCUGGGAUAAGGAUUAUGAUUCCUUUGUUUUACCUCUGUUGGAGGACAAACAGCCAUGCUAUAUAUUAUUCAGGUUAGAUUCUCAGAAUGCCCAGGGUUAUGAAUGGAUAUUCAUUGCGUGGUCUCCAGAUCAUUCUCAUGUUCGUCAAAAAAUGUUGUAUGCAGCUACACGAGCAACUCUGAAAAAGGAGUUUGGAGGUGGCCACAUUAAAGAUGAAGUAUUUGGAACAGUAAAGGAAGAUGUAUCAUUACAUGGAUAUAAAAAAUAUUUGCUGUCACAGUCUUCCCCUGCCCCACUGACUGCAGCUGAAGAAGAAUUAAGACAGAUUAAAAUUAAUGAGGUACAAACCGAUGUGGGUGUGGACACUAAGCAUCAGACACUCCAAGGAGUAGCAUUUCCUAUUUCCCGAGAUGCUUUUCAGGCUUUGGAAAAACUGAAUAACAGACAGCUCAACUAUGUGCAAUUGGAAAUAGAUAUAAAAAAUGAAGUUAUAAUUUUGGCCAACACAACAAACACAGAACUAAAAGAUUUGCCAAAGAGGAUUCCCAAGGAUUCAGCACGUUAUCAUUUUUUUCUGUAUAAACAUUCCCAUGAAGGAGACUAUUUAGAGUCCAUAGUUUUUAUUUAUUCAAUGCCGGGAUAUACAUGCAGUAUCAGAGAACGGAUGUUGUAUUCUAGCUGCAAGAGCCCUCUACUAGAAAUCGUAGAAAGGCAACUACAAAUGGAUGUCAUCAGAAAGAUUGAGAUAGACAAUGGGGAUGAGUUGACUGCAGACUUCCUUUAUGAAGAAGUGCACCCCAAGCAACACGCGCACAAGCAAAGCUUCGCAAAACCCAAAGGUCCUGCCGGAAAAAGAGGAAUCCGGAGACUGAUUAGGGGUCCAGCUGAAACCGAAGCCACUACUGAUUAAAAUCUACACAUUAAACAUUGCAAUACUAGUUUUUUUAAAGUUCAGCUUUUAGUACAGGAGAACUGAAAUCAUUCCAUGUUGAUAUAUAGUAGGGAAAAAAUUGUACUUUUUGAAAAAUAGCACUUUUCACCUCUGUGUGUUUUUAAAAUUAAUGUUAUAUAAGACUCAUGAUUUCUAUUUUUGAGUUAAAGCUAGAAAAGGAUUCAACAUAUUGUUUAAUUUUGUCACACUGUUUUCAUAGAGUGUUGAUUCCACACUUUCACAUAAUUCUUAAAAUUUUAUACAAUUUGACUAGUUCCAGAAAGUCUAAUGGGCUCCACGUAGGAUAUACUUCUUAUUACAUUUUAGUGAAAUAUCUGAAUUCUUUUUUAAGAGAGACAGAAAGAUCUUAAAAUAUUCACCCUACUUAAUAUGUUACGAACCAGGUUCGAGUAUUUUCUAGGGAAAAUUCAGUGUGCCUAGGAAAAGGCGGGAAGUUGUUUACUUCCAGGAGCUUUGCUAACUCUGUCAGAUUUAGGAUCACAACUGCAGCUUUUAGAAGCAGUGCUUUAUUGCAGCAGUCUUUUCUAUUUGACCUUUUUUGAUUUUUUUAGUGGCAUUGAAAUUUCAGAAGAUCAGCUUUCUCUGAAACUUCAAAGGUACCCGAUAUUUUCCUGAACUGCAGGAUUUUUGUGACUUUGAAAGAGUUUGAACAGCCUUAGUAAAUUCUCUCCAGUGCUUUAAAAAUUUUGCAUUUCCAAAGUAAAUCAUUUCAUUAUAAACACUAUAGGGCCAAAUAUUUAUGUUCGGCUUGAAAUUUAAAUUAAUAUAAUUCAAAA